AUGUCCCUCCCAUCAACGCCUCUGCCGCCGUCCACUGGACCGUUCCUCUUCAAGGCAGCCGAACCUGCGACGCGGGGCAGCCAUUAUCUUGCAAUCGCACGUGGAUUCUACAUGUACCUGUGCCCUGGGAAAAGUCCAAAUGAAGCAGCUCAGUUUCAAUCUCAAUCAACGCAACUUUACGAUGCCGCACCUCUUAUCCCGAAUCUUCCCAACGAAGCCGCUUUUCAUGAGUUGCCUGGAAGGCUCUACGACUUCGACUACGCUGAACUGAGGAACACCACACUCGACUGCAUGGGUACUAUUGGUACAGACAACAACACCGCCAUCGUCACACUUUUCGAGAUCGCUACUUUCGAAGCCCUCCCGUACGAGUCUGUGCUUCCACCUGACCAUACAGACGAGGACGGCCGGUGGGCACAUUCAGUUAGCCGCAAGAGAGAUUGGGACAUCUACCGGGUCAAGACUUCAGGUGGUACACCACCUACCUGUGACGGUACGCGAUUUAUGGCCGAAAAGGAAUACACCGCGGAGUAUUGGUUCUUCUACGGGGGAGGAGAAGAUCUAUGGACACCAACCGAUGUCAAAAGAGAGGAAUCGACCAUAGCUCAAUCCAUGCCGGCUUUCAUAUGA